CCUCAGUUGGCGCAGCCCUUGACAACAUGGCUGCCGCCUUUCGGUCCCCACAGCAAAUUGUGCUGCUGCGGAGUUUGGUAUGGCCCGGGGUCUUGGACUCAGGCUCCACGUGCUGCCGCUGCCCUCUCGGAGCUAAAAGAUACCUACUUAUGGAGAAUAUUAUGAAAUUAAAAGAAUUCCAGCAUAAGAAGGUGGCUGUUGCAUGUAAUCUUCCUGGCACCAAAGGGAUGUGCUUUCUUGCAGAAACCUAUUUGAGAAACUUGGAAGAGAAGUUGACCCAGAACAAGCUCAUCUUGAAAGAGGAAUUGAGAACCUUGCUUCACCUGUGUGAGUCCCGGGAUGACAUGGAGCUGGCUAAAAACGUCAUUUACAGGUACCAUGCAGAGAAUAGGAAUAUGACUGUGGGGGAGUAUAAGUUUGGACCGCUGUUCAUGAGGCUGUGCUACGAGCUGGAUCUGGAGGAGUCUGCAGUGGAGCUCAUCAAAGACCAGCAUUUACGAGGUUUCUUCUCAGACUGCACAUCAUUCAAUAUUUUGAUGGAUACAUUGUUUAUCAAAGGCAAAUAUAAAAGUGCACUGGAAGUAAUGAUUGAGAUGAAAAACCAAGAUGUGAAGUUCAGCAAAGACACCUACGUUCUUGCUUUUGCAGUUUGCUACAAAUUGAAUAGCCCUGAAUCUUUUAAAAUCUGUACCACAUUAAGAGAAGAAGCCCUAAUCAAAGGAGAAGUCCUCUCCAGGAGAGCAUCCUGUUUUGCAGUGGCGCUAGCUCUGAACCAGAACCAGCCGGCAAAGGCUCUAUCCAUUUUUUCUCAAAUCAUGAAGCCGGAAGGCAUAAUCUGCACUAAUUUAAAUAUUAUGAUCCAUGUCCAGUGCAAUAUGCUGAAAGCCCUCAUAGAGAUCCUGAAGGAUGCCACAGAGGGAAAUUUAUCAAGAUUUGUGAAAAAACAUGUAUUCUCAGAAGAAGUGCUGGUCAAAGUGAGGGAAAAGGUGAAGCACGUGCCUGCUCUUCUGGCCAAAUUUGACGAGCUCUAUGGGAAACUGCACAUAAAUGGCCAGGUCACGACUUACAGUUUGGAUGCUCUGCUCUGCCACACGCCCAGGGACGUGAAAUCCCACAUGGGGCUGCUCAACAAGAGGACAGUCAGCCGUCGGACCUUCCAGCCACUCAGCCAGUCCCUGUGGGCCGAAUAACCCUGGCUUCAAACCAGCCGUGGGCCUGAGUUGGAGGGGCCUGCCUCUAGUGAGUUACUGGCUUCCUAAGAAGUCAGGCAUCCCACUCCGGUGCAUCCUCUCCUAACCCCUGGUCUCCUCCUUCAAUCUCCACAUUCACUGACUGCUGGCAGGCUGACUUGAGAAGUUCAAGGUGUGCCGUUGUGAAGCAAGCACAGCAGAAAGCUUGGCCCCCCGCGGAAAGGAGGCUUCCCUGUGCAGACUGCCGCGGGUCCUCGGAGGGACACGGUCACAGUCACCGUGUUCAGCCCAGCUUCUGUACCAGAGCAGAACCCAGGAAGCGCUCGCUGGCAGGAAGGAAUUUCACCGGAAGUCGCCAGCUCCAGCCAACGUCCAGGGGAAUAGUUACUUCCAGAUUAUACCCUUGCUGAAUUCAGGAGGUCGGAAACCCUAUUCUGUGCUGGGAAGUAGCCCAGGAUUUUCUCACUGCUUCUGUCCUCACUUAUCUGUGACACUAAAUUAUGGCCCUCAUGUUUCCAUCUGUAAAAUAAACAUUGCUCAUGUGAA